AAUGAGCUUCCUUCUCCUACCACUCUCUCUCUCUCUCUCUCUCUCUCCCAUCGCGUCUCCUAUAAAUACCGGAGUGCUUUUCGAAUCCGUACCACCGUAGACUCCAUGGCGUUCCACGCCGCCCCCGCCCCCGCCCCCAUCCAUGGCGGCGGCGACGACGACGACGAGGAGCUCGGAUCCACCCCAGUCGAGGGCGGCGCCGCCCCCUCCUGGCUCCUCCGCCGCCGCCACGGCGUCGGCGUCGGAGAGGUGCAGGUGUCUAUCGGCGGCGAUCCCGAGGUCGUCGGGGGCGGAGGAGGGGGAGGGGGAGGAGGAGGAGGAGAGGGGGACGCGAGGAAGGGGGAGAUCGCGGCGCACCCCUUGUUCGAGCAGCUGCUCUCGGCGCACGUGGGGUGCCUGCGGAUCGCGACGCCGGUGGACCAGCUCCCGAGGAUCGACGCGCAGCUCGCGCAGUCGCGGGGCGUCGCUGGCAAGCACGCGGUGGUGCUCGGCGGCGCCGGAGGAAGCGAGGGGCAGGCGAUCGGGGACGAACUCGACCAUUUCAUGACACACUAUGUCUUGCUAUUGUGUUCAUUCAAGGAACAGCUACAACAGCAUGUACGUGUUCAUGCAAUGGAAGCAGUGGUAGCGUGUUGGGAGCUUGAGCAAUCUCUACAGAGCCUGACAGGAGUCUCUCCUGGUGAAGGCACAGGUGCAACUAUGUCUGAUGAUGACGAUGACCAAGAAGAUAGUGAAACCAAUUUGUUCGAUGGAACCCUUGACGGGCUGGAUAGUAUGGGCUUUGGCCCACUUGUACCUACUGAGAGUGAGCGGUCCUUGAUGGAGCGGGUCCGACAGGAGCUCAAGCAUGAGUUUAAACAGGGGUAUAAAGAGAAGAUUGUCGACAUCAGAGAAGAGAUUCUCCGCAAACGAAGAGCUGGAAAGCUCCCAGGUGACAGCACUUCUGCCCUAAAAGUUUGGUGGCAAUCCCACUGCAACUGGCCAUACCCAACUGAAGAUGACAAAGCACAACUGGUCGAGGAAACAGGACUGCAACUAAAGCAGAUAAAUAACUGGUUUAUCAAUCAAAGAAAAAGAAAUUGGCACACUAAUCAGUCCUCAUCCUCUUCAUCAAAAAGCAAGAGGAAAAGAUAAGUAAUGCAGGUGACUGCAAUGCCAAACUCUUGGGAUAGACUGCUGGGCUGCAGAUUGAAAGUCGGUGUGCAAAAAGUGCUUUUUCGCUCGGUGAGUUCUUCCGUAAAUAUUUAGUCAAACAAGGCCCAGAAUGCUAUUUUGAGAAAACAAGGAGGCGGCUGAUUGGAGCAUGAAACUAAACAGAGAAAUUACUGUGAACCAUUGAACAGAGAGUUCGUGUCGAUAGAUUAUAUUAAAGCUCAUUUCUCUUACCCACCUGUUGGACUGAAUUUAACUAUGGCCGCAUACCUGUGUUUGUAUAUGAUAUAGGUGUGAAUUUACAGUGCAAUAAAUUGCUGGGGGUAACUGCUAAGUAUCAGUGAUAACGUAUUUGUAUAUCUAUGUGUAUAUUUAUACAUACAUAUUUGUGGUAGAAUGGCAAAAAUUUACAAGUGUGCUUACGAAUUCAUUUGUCGUUUUGUAGAAAUUCUUAUAUUA